GAAAAUCACAGCGUCUUUCAGAGAUAUCUUAACUUAUACAAUCGUGCCGUUAAAGAAGAUGUUUUAAACUCAAAUCAAACAGAUGGAACCUUCAACGGAAUUUUUGGUGAUUUCAGUAGUACAUAUUGGGACAACAGAAAGCUGCUUAAGAAUUGGACUGGUAAGAAAGGAACUAACCCUCCAUAUACUCUUGCUGAUGUCAUAUACAACCUGAAUCCGAACACAAAAAUUAUAUUUUUGUUGAGAAACCCAGUUCAAAGACUUUAUUCUGAAUACUUAUUUUUUAAAAGAGGGGAGAAAAAAAGUGUUGACGUUUUUCACGCAAAGGUCGAAGCCGCAAUACGGAGACACUUGAACUGUUUAAAGAGACAUUGUCUGCGUUACUGUUCAUAUUUUUAUUUCGACGGGGGAAUUCGACUAGAAGUUUCACUUUACCAUGUGUAUGUAGAAGACUACUUGCGUGUUCUUCCGCGAGACCAGGUUAAGAUAGUAAAGACAGACAAUUUUUCUACCAAUAUGAGAACUGUUGUAACAGAUGUAUUUAGAUUUUUAGAUACUGAAAUACCAUCUGAAGAAACUUUGACAACUAUUUGUUCUAUUGGCAAGAAAAAUACAAACAUAAAGAAAUAUGAAGAGGCUGGUCCGAUGUUGCCUGCGACAAACCGACUUUUAUCGGACUUUUAUAAACCACACAAUGAGAAGCUUAGUUUGCUCUUAAAAGAAACUAUUGACCUGGAUUAAAUGUAUAGUAUAAUUGUGAAAAUUAUUUAAUUAAUCUACACAAAUGUACGAGUAACCCGUACUGUGUUUACAUUCAAAGGUAACCAUAUAAUCAUAACAGUCAGACUUAGCUUCCCAUUACAAUAUAAAUGCAGGUAAAAUAAUAAGCCGUCUAAGACUUUGUUAAAACGUAUAAACAUACAUAUUGAAGCCAAAUAUUAUAAUCACCUACAUUUGAUAGAUUUCAAUGUUUUUAAUUUGUCAAGUUGUUAAGAAUUCGGGCUUGCCUUUAGCGCAUAAAACAUUUUAAACCCAUUAUUUACCCCCACCCCGAAAGUUAUAAUUUCAUUACAAUACAAAAAUGUUAAUGUAAGUCUCAUCUCAUGAAUUAUCAAUAUCGAAUCAAAAUAACUGUAACUCUGCAAAAAUUAUAUAGUUUCAUAUAAAUUUAUCUAUAUGAAAACAAAUUAAUUACAUCAAUAUUGCGCAGUAUCUUCAAUCAAUAUAUAUGUAACAUGUAGACAAUUCAAUACACAUUGGUACUUGGAUGGAGUUCCAAAAAUAGUUGAAACUAGUAGAAAGAAAACUGAUUAUAAAAUAGGAUAUAUUGUAUUAUUAUUUUGUCUUAAACUACCAAAUGAUGCCUCCUUUUUAGCUUCCUCGCAGUACACACUCUUAAAACAGUUGAUGUUCAAACAGAAAAUGUUAAAAACAUGUAAAAUAUGCUCAAAAACUAUCGAUCAAUCCUGUAAAAUUUCAUUGAAAAUGCUUUAGUGGUAUAACAAAAGUAGUCUAGACAAAUUUCAAAAAUAAAAUCAUAAAAGAGCCAAAAUACAACGACACAAAAAUGUUGAUGAUGUACAACUAGAAAUCUUUAUCAUUCUCCCAAAGUGUUGAUGGGAUUGCACCAGUAGUUUCUUUGGAGUAGUCCAGGCAAAAUUCUAUGUAGCUGGCAACACAAAAAUACCUUUUUAUUCAAGGGCAAUACCACAGCCAAAAUCAUUGAAGUAUAACUCUUGUGUAUUAUGAACAAGUACUUGACCAAUACCAAUUAAUCCUCUUAAGUUUCAUUGAAAUUGCAUUAGUCAUAUAAAACAUGAGGUUUUUAAGUAACACAGAGAGAAAUAUGCAGCUGGACUAAGACUCAGAAAGAACUGUAGCAACCGACGUUUAAUAAUGCAUUCCAGAAUAAACAAGGAUAUUUCAAAUGCCCUUUUCCGGUGGUCGACCUUAUCGCACUUUUUCAGCAACAAAUUUAUAUGCAGAGGGAAAUAGUAGAGAGCUGACAUAUUGGAACAAUACCCCUAUAUCUUACACCUCAGAGGAAUUGCAUUUUACCUGUGCACGUUUGAUUAUUUAAGUAUAAUAGAAAACUUAUAAAAAAUUAAUAAGCAUAUCUUGAACUUAAUUCUAAAGUAUAAAUGUAGUGUUAAGCUUAUGUUUUGUUUAUUAUACACUUUUGAAACAAAAAAAAAAUAUUUGGAAGUAUUGAUGAAUUGAAAUGCGCAUUUUCAUUGUAUAUAUUUCUAUAUUAUAAGUUUACUUUAACUGCAGUGUAACAUAUUUUCCGUACUUUCACUGGUGUUGUUAAAUAGGAAUGUAAUUGAUAAAACAUUUUAAAACAGAGAAAAAUAUGAUAAACAGAAAAUGCAUUAUUUUUCCAAAAUUAACGGGAUUUAUCUUCAUUAUCAUAGUAGUUCCGUUUGUUUUACUUUAAGAAUUUAUUAUGUAUUACAGUGACAUUAUUUUCGUAUUGUCACUGGUGCUUCGCCGGAUUAAAUUAUUGUAAAGUCAGCUAAAUCACAGAAAUAUAGGGUAGUAUUCCAAAUGCCAAACAAAAGAAAAAUGUUAACAAUAAACAGAAAAUUAAUUUUGUUUCAUUGUGGCAUGAAAUAUUUGAUAUUUCACUCGUAUUUUCAUACUAGUUUUGUUUAUUGAAAAUAACUGAAACAUCACCUAUUUAAACGUCUAAUAUCGUUUCUUUAACUUUUUUUUUUAGAAAUGAAAAAUAUGUCGUCACUUACCUUGUAUUUCUAAC